AUGGCCACGACGCCCGCCGCGAACCGUGACGGCAGCUCCCCCCCCCUCCCUGUCGCCGCCGAGAUCUCGCCCGCGAGGUCGAGGCCGCCCGGGCCCUCGCCUUCGACUGCGGCAAGCGCAACCGCGUCUAACUCAUCCUCAACUGUCGUCGCAUCGUCACGUGCCGUGAGUCCGCCAGGGAGAUCGGCCUCCUCCCCCUCGCCUCCCUCGAUCUCUGCUCCGCUAUCCGCGAUGAGGCCAAGCUACUUGGCGAUUCCAUGGACCGGGCCGAGUUCCGGGCCGCCCACCACCGAGGAAGAAAUCCUGCGGAAGGUGGAGUCGACCAUCCAGGAGAACAACUCCAAUCGGUCCUACACGAACGGUCUGCUGGCCCUCAUCGCGGACUCCGUGGGGAUCUCCAAGAAUCGGACUGCUCUCAAGAAGGGGUUCAAGGAGGUGGCGGCGGAGGCCAAGCUGCAGAAGGACCUCGCGGAGGCGAUUCAAUGGAGAAGGACCGCAGACCGCUAA